AUGGUUGUCGACAAGAAACAACGAAAGCUCGUCGAAUUGGCUGCACAUCCGCCAAAGGAACCAGGCCAGAGGAAUAACAACCAACUCUUAAAGAUGUGGCCCAACGAAGAUGAAGGGAGAACAACCCCACCACCGCCACAGCCAGCAAGCCCAGCAAGCCCGUCUAAGAAAAGACCGAGGCCCGAUGACGACGAGGCAGGCGAAGCGGCCAAGAAGCAAAAGGUUGAGCAAGGCGGCGAGCAGAGCAAGCCCGCCCCUGUUAAAGUCGCGGCGCCAAUGUUCGUACCAAGCUCUCUGAGGAGGCCGGUCAAGCCUCUGCCGAAGAAAAGUCGACUACCCCCAGGCGCCGUGGCAAAGCCUCAACCAAGCAAGGGCGAAAGCAGCAAAGAAGUCGCCGGUGCAUCCAAACCAGCUGACAAGAGCUCAACGGACCAAGGAGGAGGUGGCGGAUGCAUGUCCAAGAGAGAUGGAGCAGCAUGUCAAAUCAAAAGUUUCGGCAAUAAGGUAAAAAAGCUCUCACCUAAGAAAGCUGCACCAAAGAAAGCUACACCCAAAAAGGCGGCACCAGCCAAGAAAGCUGCACCAAAGAAAGCUACACCCAAGAAGGCAGCACCAGCCAAGAAGGCAGCAUCACCCAAGAAGGCUGCAUCACCCAAGAAGGCUGCACCAGCUAAAAAAGCUGCACCAGCUAAGAAGGCUGCACCAGCUAAGAAGGCUGCACCAGCUAAGAAGGGGAAAAGAGGCCUUAAUUAUCCGAUGUAG